GGACAUUCGGCGGCAGGUAAAACACUUCUGCUCUCUUAUAACUCCCUGCUGCCUUUGUACUGUGACUUCUUAUAACUCCCUGCUGCCUUUGUACUGUGACUUCACAACUUUCUGUGAGCGGGAACCUCAAACUACAAGUCCCAGCAUCCCGUGCAGCGACUUCCCGGCUCCUGUUGGCAGGUGAUGGUGCUGCUCCUGUAAUGAUGGUACCACUGAAAUCAUGGCCAGGAAAUUCUCCGGAUAUCAAUACAAAAGGAAUGUCCCCCAAAACACACCGAUCCUGAACUCAUGAAUAGAGACGGGCACAGACUGGCACCAUGUUCCUGUCUCGCAUUGACAAACACAACUUUCUGCUGCUGCUCUGCUUCUCUCAGCUUCUCUUCCUUUUAAUUCUAUACCGAAGAGGGGCUGCCGGCGUCUUCCAGGGCCUGUUUGGGGGAUCCGAUCCGCCUUGGGACUACUCCAAAACCCAUGAUGUGUACACCAACCUCAGUGUGUUUGUGCCCAACCCAGAGAAUGUAAAUACUCAGUUUUGCCCAGCAAAAUCACCCAUACUGGUUGGUCCUCUUAGUGUUUCAUUCCAAACCCCCCCGACCCUGAAAAGAGUGCAGCAGAAAAACCGAUAUGUGAAGCCUGGCGGCUACUUCAGCCCGAGACACUGCUUUGGGCGCUACAGAACAGCCGUCAUUAUACCUCACCGAAACAGAGAGGCGCACCUCCGCACCCUCCUCUACUACCUGCACCCUUUCCUUCAGCGCCAGCAGCUUCAUUAUGCACUCUUCAUUGUCCACCAGGCCGGGAACAGCACAUUCAAUCGAGCCAAACUGCUAAACAUUGGGGUGAGGGAGGCCCUAAAACUGGACGAGUGGGACUGCCUGAUCUUACACGACGUCGACCUGGUCCCUGAGAACGACUACAACUUGUACAUUUGUGAUGAGGAGUAUCCCAAACACCUGGCCAGCGCCAUGGACAAGUUCCACUACAGCUUGCCGUAUUGGACGUACUUUGGAGGAGUGUCUGCACUCACCCCAGAUCAGUACAUGAGGAUCAAUGGAUUCCCCAACAGUUACUGGGGUUGGGGCGGAGAGGAUGAUGACAUCGCUAUGAGGAUCCGUCUAGCGGGAAUGAGCAUCACCCGGACCCCUCUCAGCCUCGGCCGCUAUAAAAUGAUCUCCCAUAACCGCGACUCCGGCAACGAGGAGAACAGCAAAAGGUACGACCAACUCGGCAACACCCGGAGAACAUGGAGAGAGGACGGGAUGAACUCGCUGGACUUCAAACUGAUCUCCAGAACCAGGGCCCCCCUCUAUACCAACAUCACUGUGGAGAUCGGCGACGCCCCCCUAGUGACUGAGACCCCGGCCCAAUGGAAGCUCUUUUAACCCACUCAGUGCCGGCCGACGUGUACCGAUAAAUGCCUUAUUUGCACAUGAAA